AUGGACCCAUUUGAAGUCAGAAUCCAGUUUUUAAACCUCCUCAAACGUCUCAACGCCUCGCAACAAUCCAUUCAAAAGGUCGUGACUUUUGCGAUAAAAUAUUUCCCGCCUUGCGGUGAAGAUAUUUGGGAUUGCAUCGUCGAAGAAUGCCAGAAGGGCUCGUUGAACGCGCGCAUAAAUAUCCUCUACUUCCUUGAUUCGCUUUGUGAUACGUGCUUGCUCGUCAAAUCACACUCUAGUGCAAUAGGAACCAGUCAAGGAACCAACCAAUAUGUCGACUUUGUCAGUCGAGACAUUGGUAAAAUUGUUCAGUGUGUCGUUCCAGCGGGCAGGGAAGGUCUGCCCAAUCUAACCAGCACCAAGCAAAUUCUAGAGAAUUGGAGAAAUAAGCGUGUAGUGGACCCACAGACGGUCGACGAUGUCCUUACUUCACUGGAAACCCGGACCGUUCCUACGACUACAUCCUCCUCUUCCCACCGUAAAUCUUCCCACUCCUCCCUUUCGCGCAACGAAGUCUUCAAGAGAAUUGAGGAAGACCGCGAGCGGCAUAAGCGACUACGAGAACGCCGUUGGGUUCAGCCCACUUCACAUCGUGCCCCCGGUCAAAUCAAUCUCCUUGCUUUCAUGCCGCUCUCGCAAGACAACGACGACGAAGUGCUCGCAAUCGAUGUUGAGUUUGAGAACGACUGGGAGACGACGAGUGACUGGAAUGAAGACGAUGAUGAAGCGUGUAUUGAGGAGAGCAAUUGCUGCUUUCCCAUGGAAGGCGAAGGUCCUAUGGAUCUCGAAUCAUAG